AUGCUAAAAAAGGGGUUAGUUAUUGGAAAGUUAAUUGAGGCUAUACUGAGAGACAGAAUUUCAUUGGAUGUGAGUCGUAAUCAAAAUAUAUUUCAACGAGGUUUUACUAAAAAUUCAUCGCCUCUGAACGCAGCAUUUAUUAUAGAGGAACUCUACCGUGAAAGUAAAGACAGUAAAACUGAAUUAAAUUUAAUACUAUUAGAUGCUAAAUCAGCUUUCGACGUAGUUGAUCAUCAACAUUUGCUUAGACGAUUGUAUCAUAUGGGUGUUUCUGACCUGCACUGGAAUAUACUUGAAAGCUUCCACAAAGACUCUGUUAGUUCAAUUAAGUGGAGGGGGCGUAUAUCUUCAGAAUUUCAUGUGCAACAGGGGGUUAGACAGGGUGGAGUCUUGAGCACAGAUUUGUACAAAAUUUACGUUAACCCACUGCUGAACAGACUUCAAGAUGCCAACAUAGGGUCAACAAUAGGUGGAGUAAGAUGUUCGGCUAGAGCAUGUGCAGACGAUAUUUGCCUGUGUGCCGAGGCAGCGUCAGACUCUCAAGAACUCCUGAAUAUUGCAGUAGAAUUCGCAAACAUGGAACGCUAUCUGUUACAACCUGCUAAAAGUGUACAUAUACGGAUUCAUCAUCAGCGUAGAACGAAACAUCAACAGUCACUAUUUAUGAACGACUCUAAACUUUCAUCAGUAAAAAAAUCACUGCAUCUGGGUAUUAUACGUACUGACUCUGUGUUAAAUAAUCAGAGAGAGAAUGUUGAAGAAAAUGUAAAAAAAGCAAGACGCAAAGCUUAUAGUUUAUUUGGAAGUGGAUAUAAAGGACAAACUGGUCUCGAUGUUUCAACCGUGGUUUAUCUAUAUAAAACAUACAUUGUCCCCGUUCUGUUGUAUGGUAUGGAAAUUCUUCUGCCACCGGUAAAUCUGGUGCAUAAGCUAGAGACAUUUCAGAGAAAGUUGGUAAAAGAAAUCCUGAGGCUACCUGACAAUACAGCGAACCCAGCUAUCCAAGUUAUUACAGGGCUACCAGUAGAAGCUCAAAUACAUCUUCGCGCCUUAACAUUUCUCCAUACCAUCGCGUCUCAAGAAGACAGUAGUGCUGAAAAACAAAUUAUGUAUAGACAACUUCAAGUUAAAUCAGUAGAAAGCUCUUCAUGGUUUAUAGCAAUUCAGCAUAUUUUGUGGCGGUAUGAUCUUGGAACAAUACAACAAUUGAUCGAAUAUUUACCGACAAAACAACAGUGGAAGGGGCAGAUACAUGGUGCUGUUAACAAAUACUGGAUUAGCAGCCGCUGUAUACUACACUUAAUUUUCUUAAGGAUGACACUUUUGUACCGGGGCGAGUUAUUCCAUUGGUAG